UGCUUUGUACUUGGAGACGGCUGACAAUGCAAACUCGUAUACAGAGAAACAAUUUGGGAAGUGGUCAUCUUGCAAUGGUCGGAUUCCAUCAAACCAAGGUGGAAUCAUCGCUUGCGUUCAAGGCUGGCCUAAGGAGGAGGAAAGAUCCUCGGUCGACUCUUUCCCCAUCCGAGGGAGUCUCGUUUUGCAACAAGGAUUUGUUAUUUGUUACGCCGCCAGACAGGACAUGAUUGAGAGUCUUCCAUAGAUAAGGUUGAGUCGUGAGUGAGAUGGCCAUGCCGCUGCUGUGCCACGGGUUAGUCUCGUUGGCUGUGGCCUUCUUUUUCCUGCCUUGCAUCACUUCCUCCCUUAACCUGGAAGAUCCAAAUGUCUGCAGCCACUGGGAGAGAUAUUCGGUGACAGUGCAAGAAUCCUACGCCCAUCCUUUCGAUCAGAUUUAUUACACCAGCUGCACAGACAUCCUCAACUGGUUCAAGUGCACCAGACACAGGGUAAGCUACCGGACCGCGUAUCGCAGAGGGGAGAAGACAAUGUACCGAAGGAAGUCCCAGUGCUGUCCAGGCUUCUUUGAAAACGGCGAAAUUUGCGUUCCUCAUUGUACCGAGAGCUGCGUUCAUGGCCGUUGCAUGGCCCCCAACACCUGCCAGUGUGAGCCCGGAUGGGGGGGGUCCAAUUGCUCCAGCGCUUGUGACAGUGGCCUCUGGGGUCCCCACUGCAGUAACAGAUGCCAAUGCCAGAACAAAGCUCUGUGUAACCCCAUCACCGGUGCCUGUAUCUGCACUCCUGGAUACAGAGGUUGGCGUUGCGAAGAAGUGUGUGAGGUGGGCACCUACGGUACUGGAUGUCAGCAGAAAUGCCAGUGCCGAAAUGGGGCUACUUGUCACCACGUGACUGGAGAAUGCAAGUGCUCACCAGGAUACACUGGAGCUUUUUGUGAGGAUGCAUGCCCCCCAGGUAAACACGGGCAGCAGUGCGAAGAGCGGUGUCCCUGCCAGAACGGCGGCAUAUGUCACCACGUGACCGGAGAGUGCGCUUGUCCGGCAGGAUGGAUGGGUACAGUAUGUGGACAGCCAUGUCCAGAGGGGACAUUUGGCCCAAACUGUUCCCAAGAAUGCCAAUGUCACAACAAUGCCUUGUGUAGUUCAUCCAGUGGACAGUGUCUCUGCAGCCCUGGAUACACGGGAGAACGGUGUCAGGAUGAAUGCCCAGUCGGUACUUAUGGUGCUGGCUGUUCAAAGAGAUGUCGCUGUAAGAACAACAGCAAAUGCUACCACAGCUACGGAAACUGCUUGUGUGAGCCAGGCUUCACAGGCGAGACGUGUGAUGUCCGACUUUGUCCCAAAGGAAACUAUGGCCUACUGUGUGACAGGAAGUGUCCAUGUUAUGCCCGCAAUACACACAGCUGCCAUCCCAUGUCAGGGGAGUGUACAUGUCUGUCUGGUUGGUCUGGCCUCUACUGCAAUGAGACGUGCACGCCAGGAUUCUAUGGCGAGUCCUGCCAGCAGGUGUGCCAGUGCCAGAAUGGUGCAGACUGCCACAGUGGAACAGGAAAAUGUGUUUGUGCGCCAGGCUUCACGGGUUUAGACUGUUCAGUUCCGUGCCCAGCAGAAUCUCAUGGAGUGAAUUGCUCCUCCACCUGUAACUGUAAGAAUGGAGCUCAGUGUUCACCUGUGGAUGGGUCCUGCUUCUGUAAACCAGGGUGGCACGGAGUGGACUGUUCCAUCAACUGCCCCAGCGGUACAUGGGGUCUUGGCUGUAACAUGACCUGUCUUUGUGGGAAUGAAGGCGCUUGUGAUGCUGUGACUGGUCGCUGUACUUGUGCCGUGGGUUGGAGAGGAAAUAAGUGUGACCUGCAAUGCCAGGACGGUACCUAUGGUCUUGACUGCAAAGAGCUCUGUGACUGUAGCCAUGCUGACGUAUGCCAUCACGCCACUGGGUACUGCCACUGCCUGGCUGGAUGGACUGGUAUCCACUGUGACAGUGUGUGUGCGGAGGGCCGCUGGGGUCCAAACUGCUCCCUAGCCUGUGACUGCAAGAACGGAGCAUCUUGCUCCCCUGAUGAAGGAACAUGUGAGUGUGCACCAGGAUACAGAGGCAGCACCUGUCAGAGGAUAUGCUCUCCAGGUUACUUUGGUCACCGCUGUAGUCAGACGUGUCCCAAGUGUGUCCACAGUAAUGGACCAUGCCACCAUGUCAGUGGACAGUGCGACUGUCUGCCAGGCUUUAAGGGGGGCCUUUGCAAUGAGGUGUGUCCCAGCGGUUACUACGGGAAGAAGUGUGCCUUGAGCUGCAGGUGCACCAACAACGGCACCUGUAACCCUAUUGAUGGCUCCUGUCAGUGUUUUCCAGGAUGGAUCGGCAGUGACUGCUCUCAGCCAUGUCCUCCUGCUCAUUGGGGACCCAACUGCAUCCACACAUGUAACUGUCACAACGGAGCCUACUGCAGUGCCUAUGAUGGGGAAUGCAAGUGCACCCCAGGAUGGACCGGCCUUUACUGCACACAACGUUGUCCUUUAGGGUUUUAUGGGAAGGAUUGUUCUCAGUCAUGCCAGUGCAGGAAUGGAGCAGACUGUGAUCACAUCUCUGGUCAAUGCACCUGCCGCACUGGCUUCAUGGGUCAACACUGUGAACAAAAGUGUCCUCCUGGUUCAUAUGGUUACGGAUGCCGGCAAGUGUGUGACUGUCUCAAUAACUCCACUUGUGAUCACAUCACUGGUACAUGCUACUGUAACAAUGGCUGGAAGGGAGCACGCUGUGACCAAGCCGGCGUUGUCAUUGACAGCCUCAACACUUUCACAAGUGCUGCAGUGCAGGUGGACACCUACCAAAUCGGAGCAAUUGCAGGAAUUAUUGUACUGGUGCUGCUUGUGCUCUUCCUCCUCCUCCUCUUCAUCAUCUACAGAAAGAAACAGAAAGGAAAAGAACCCCCCAUGCCAGCAGUGACUUACACUCCCGCCAUCAGGGUGACUACUGACUACACCAUCACAGAUGCUCAUCUACCAAGUGACCUUCACCCCAGUAACUACUUCUCCAACCCCAGCUACCAUACGCUGACCCAGUGCACCAGCCCGCAACAUAAUAACUCUCCAUACGGAAAAGCCAAGAAUAAAAUGUUUGUGAACUUAAAGAAUGUAGAAGAAAGAAAGAGAUAUCCUCUUGCUGAUGCCACUGGCACAUUGCCGGCAGGCUGGAAACAUAGGGACUGCUUCAAUGAACUGGGAGCUUAUGGAGUAGACAGAAGAUGCAUGGGAAAGUCUCUGCGAGACCUGGUGAAAGGCAUACCGUAUCAUGGAAGCUCCAGCUCCCUGAACAGCUCUGAAAACCCAUAUGCCACUAUCAAAGACCCCCCAAUACUGACAACGAAAAACCCUGAAUGUGGCUAUGUGGAAAUGAAGUCACCCACCAGACGGGAUUCACCCUACGCUGAAAUCACUAGCAGCAGUAGUCUGAUCAAUAACAGGAAUGUCUAUGAAAUUGACCCAACCGCAAGCACCAUUAACGGCACUGGAGAAAGUAAUGACUGCGUGCUGCCAGGCCAGGACCCAUACGAUCUACCCAAAAACAGCCAUAUCCCCUGUCACUACGAUGUGCUACCAACCCGAGAAAGUCCAACAUCAGAGCACAAGGAGCUGGAUAGUGACUGACAACAGAGACUCACUGCAGAAAUAAGUUUUUCACCUGCACAACUGGAAGCAUCGAAAGUUUGCAUACCCUCUUCCAUUUUUGUGAUCUUGUGUUUUUAUACUUUACUUUUAUAACAGUUAUAAACAAAGUGGGUAUACAAAACGUAAUUUUUAAAGUUUGUAUUUUCAAUUUCAACUUAUUUUUUGAACUGAUUCAAACUCAACGUAGAAUACAUUCAUACACCUCAUAUGUAGCAACUGAGAAUAUUUGGAAUAAUUCGGAUGUUUGCAGGCAGUAGUGAGCCAGUGGUUCGCACUUCUGCCUCACAGUCGAGAAGUUCCGGCUUACUCCAACAUUCCAAAAAGGUUCAUUCGGUGAUUCCAAACGAGCAUGCUAUGGCACACCAGAGUCCAGAGAGAGAGAGCAUGUAGAAAAUUAUCCAAUUUCACAUUUGAGAUAAGAAUGAAUAUGUACGAAUUUUGCAGUGUUGGAACUAUUGCAUGUCUUUACCGUUAUUACAAUUGUAUAAAGAAAAGAGUGGAAUGGGUUUAUUGAGUAGUUUGGAUCAUUUAUGCACGUGUAUCUGCAGUGUUUGAAGGGCAACAAAUGUAUUUUGUGAAACACACGAUUUUUAUAAAGUUGUUUAUGUCUUUACCGUUAUGCACGUCUGUCUUUGACGUUAUAAAAAUAAGUGUAUUUCAACGGGCCACAAGCAUUUUGCUCUGUCAAUAAGGAUUGCCUUUGCUAUGAAUGCUUCAAAUAACUUUUUGGAAAUAGGACCUAGAGCGUGGCUGUUUCAGCAUGGGAGACAUUUACCCAUACAAAACAUACAAACAUGGUAGCGAAGCCUGUUUUUGGAUGAACAUUUACUAAUCGUAUCAGCCAAAGUUCUGCUUGUUGUCGAGUGAGUGGCGCCUCCUGCUGCCAUACAGCACUCGUUUCUCAAGUUUGGGUUUUGCAACUCACAGCAAAAACUCAGCCAAUCGACGGCUCGUAUUUAAAAACAAUUUUAGAUGGCAGGCGGUGCAAUAAACCAGUGUUGCCAUUCAUAGUACAGAAAGUCAUGGAUAAAUAUUCUCUCGUUUUGAAUUUAAUGCCCGCAACACGUUCCAAAACAGCUGGGACAGAGGCAACAAAAGACUGGGAAAGUUGAGGAAUGCGGGGGGGGGGGGGGGUGGGGGGGCGACAUCUGUUCGGAACAUUCCACAGGUGAAUGGGUGAAUUGGAAACAGGUGUGUAUCAUGAUGGGGUAUAAAAAGAGCAUCCCUGAAAAGUUCAAUUGUUUACAAGCAAGGAUGGGGUGAGGUUCACCAAUUUGUGAACAAGUGCGUGAGCAAAUAGUCCAACAGUUGAAGAAUGUUCCUCAAUGUACAAUUGCAAGGAAUUUAGGGGUUUCAUCAUCGACGGUCCAUAAUAUCAUCAAAAGGUUAAAGGCCAAAAACCCGUGCCCGUGACCUUUGAUCCCUCAGUAAAUACAGUUCGGCGCUACAUCCGUAAGUGCACUUAAAACUCUACUAUGCAAAGCAAAAGCCAUUUAUCAACAACACCCAAGAGCGCCGCAGGCUUCUCUGGGCUCGAGCUCAUCUGAGAUGAACUGACGCAAAGUGGAAAAGUGUUCUGUGGUCUGACGAGUCCACAUUGCAAAUUGUUUCUGGAAAUCAUGGACGUCGUGUCCUCCGAGCCAAAGAGCAAAAGGACCACGCGGAUUGUUAUCAGCGCAAAGUUCAAAAGGCAGCAAAUGUGAGUGCCCAUGGCGUGGGUUUUCUUCUGUUUUAUGUGGAAGAGUCAAGGUAACACUGUGCCAUGCGUGCCAUUGUUUUUGUUUUUUUUCAGCAUUGCACAUUGAUGCAACAUUUCAUUCAGACAAUGGGUACUUCACUUAUCAUAAUCACAAAUAUCAGUUCAUUUCCCGUCUAAAGAAAAAUCCUAAAUCAUCAGCCCCAUUUUUCUUCUUUACUAAUCAUUCAUACGUAUUGUUUUUGUACAUACAGUAUUUACAGAAUAAUCUCCACUAUGACUACAAUAUUUGCUGCCAUUUACAGUAGCUCUGCAUAGAAUGUUUUUUUCUUUAUAUGUUAUUACUGUAAAUUGAUAUUUUUUUUUUUUUUCAUAUUGCGGCCAAUUUCUGUCAUUGCCUCGAUAUAAUCGUCAUAAUAUGAUGGCCUUAGUAUUUUGUAUCUCUCUUGCCAAUCCAGAGUUCCCAUGCGCUCCAAGGUUGACCGUGACCUAAUGACCCACUUUUAACUAGUUAGUAGAAAACAUAAAGGCACAACAAUGGAUCACUGCAGUUUGUGACGUGAGCUCAGUUUCUGGAUUAGAUUUCUUGUACAAACUUGUACAAUCUGAAAUCAUUCGUAUACAAUAAAAUAACUUUUUUUUAAAAAUUAUUAUUCCAUUAUGAUUUCUGUAAGCCAUUAGUAUUAUUGCCUGUCUUAACCUGGGAUGGAAAAACCAUUUCAAGACACUGUAUUUGGAAUAUGUUAGAAAUGAUGUAAAUAAUGUACAGUAUAUACUUUGAUCUGGUCUGAUGUAAAAAUAAAAAAACGCUGUCUUGUUUCUGCAUACCAGAUUAUGGUUUUUAUAGGGUUUCAGUUGUGUAGCCAUUUUAUUUCCCAAUCUGCUAUUAUGUUGUUCGUAUUCUUGUGACAACUUGUGUUUUGCUCAUCUGAGUGGGGUCACAUUGAACAUACAGUGGAUGUAAAAAAAAGUGCACACACCCCUGUUCAAAUGGCAAUUUUUUUGUGCUAUAAAAAAAAAAAAAAAAAAAAUGAGCCCAAGAUGGAUCAUUUCAGAAUUUUUCCCAGCAAAGCUCAGAUGUUCAUGUCGUCUUUUCCUGACAUUUCUAUAGUCCCAUUUUACAGCACAAGCAAUGGUUCACAGAGAGCUUCCACUGCAUCAGAGCGAUCUUAUUGGUAAAAGGUAUUGGUCAGGAGAAGGUUACAAAAGAAUGUACAGAGCAUUUAUAUAAGUACAGGAUAUAAUGUAUGUCACACCGAUUGUGGAAAUCUUUUUGAACUGAUUUAGAAAUGGUUUUGUUGUUGCCUGUAAUUGGUUCUUUACGCCUCUUGUUUUGAAGGGAAAGGGUUGGUGGAAAGGGUCGGGAGGGAUCGGUGUUGGUACAAUAAAAGAUAUGUUGGUCUUC